AUGCCCAUCCCCAUCAUUGCCCAGGGUCUCCGGGAUGGCGUCUCAUCCAUCCCGCAUGCCUGGACAAUCCUUCGUAUAGCACCAUGGGUGCUAGUCCUCGCGGCACUGAAAUACUAUUUCGAAGGAGCCCGCAACGGCUCCGAGCGGAUGAUGCGAUCAAAAGUCAUAAUGGUGACGGGCGGAACCUCCGGAAUAGGCGCAGAAGUCGUCCGCGAGCUCGCAACUCGCGGCGCCCAAGUAAUCCUCCUAACCCGCCAACCACCCUCAGACCUCUUCCUCUCCGAAUACAUCGACGAUCUCCGCACAAGCACGAAAAACCCUCUAAUCUACGCCGAACAAGUCGACCUCUCCUCCCUGCACUCAAUCCGCACCUUCGCAACGAAAUGGAUCGACAACAUCCCACCCCGUCGACUUGACGGUAUAAUCCUCGCCGGCGGCAUAGCCGAGCCCUCCGCACCGCGCACCCUAACAAUAGACGGCAUCGACCAAGAAUGGCAAACAAACUACCUGGCCAACUUCCAUCUCCUCAGCAUCCUCAGCCCAGCAUUGCGCGCACAGCCCGCACACCGCGACGUCCGUGUCAUCUUCGCAACAUGCUCUAGCUACAUUGGCGGCAACUUCAGCAAUCUGGACUCCGUGGCGCGCGGGAAACAGAAGGUUGUCUCGAAGCGGACGAAGACUUCCCCGACUUUGUAUGCGCAACCGAAGGGCGUGUACGCGCUCAGCAAGCUCGCAUUGACUAUCUUUGCGCACUCGUUCCAGCGGCAUUUGAAUUCCUACAAGCGGCCGGAUAGUCUGCCGCCUUGUACGCGGGUUAUCGUUGUUGAUCCCGGUCUCACAAGAACUCCGGGGAUGAGACGGUGGUUGACUGGUGGGUCGUUGUGGGGUCUUGCGUUGUACUUGAUUACCUGGCCUAUCUGGUGGUUGGUGUUUAAGUCGCCUACGCAGGGUGCGCAGAGUAUUCUGUAUGCGGCGAUGGAGCAGCAAUAUGGACGGGGUGCGGGUGGGUGGUUGAUUAAGGAAUGUCGGGAGAUGGAUUAUGCGCGGGCUGAUGUGCGGAAUGAUGAGGUUGGGAAGAAGCUUUGGGAGUUUAGUGGGAAGAUGGUUGAGGAGGCGGAGAAAGAGAGUGCUGUUAUGAGGGCUUUGGAGAAGAAGGAGGUUAAGGUUGAGAAACAGAAGGCUGAGGAUGAGCAGGUUAAAAAGGAGGCUGAGAAGAAGGGAAAGAAGACUGAGGGGUCGAGGAGGAGUCGAAAGGGUCAGAAAUAA